AUUUAUUUGCUGACUUUGCUAUCCUGAAAUAAGAUGGGAAAGGGCUACAAAGUGGUGAUUUGUGGAAUGGCAUCAGUGGGAAAAACAGCAAUUUUGGAGCAGCUUCUCUAUGGAAAGCAUACUGUUGGUUUAGAAGAAGGUGCAACAUUGGAAGAUGUGUAUUUGGCUUCAGUCGAAACAGAUCGUGGGGUUAAAGAACAGUUACGUCUCUAUGACACUGCGGGUCUGCAAGAGGGAGUAGAGUUUCCAAAGCAUUACUUCUCUGUUGCUGAUGGUUUUGUUCUUGUGUAUGCUGUGAACAGCCUUGAAUCCUUCCAGAGAGUAGAAGUGAUCAAAAAAGAGAUUGACACAAUCAGAGACAAAAAAGAGGUGACAGUUGUUGUCUUAGGAAACAAAACUGACCUCAUGGAGCAAAGACAAGUGGAAACAGAAGUAGCCCAGCAAUGGGCAAAGGCUGAGAAGGUGAGACUGUGGGAGGUGACAGUGACAGAUCGGAAAACACUCAUUGAACCUUUCACUUCACUAGCCAGUAAACUUUCCCAAUCCCAGAACAAGUCAGCAUUUCCUUUGCCUGGGAGGAAGAGCAAAGGCAAUAACUGUGAUAACUAAAAACCCCUAUUCCAGGGGAGGCUAUUCAUCUGCUGCUGCAAGGGCCUGGUGUCUCUCUUUCUCUGCCAUUUGUUUGGCAUGUUUUUUCUGAGGCAGUACUGAAUUCAGAAUUAAAAUCAGCAAAGUCAUGAAUGUAGCUGUCCUUCAAGUAUUUUCUUGCAAAACCACAGCUGGUCACAGUCUUAAGCACAACACAAGGAAGCACUU